CGGCUCAGGUACUCCUGGGAUUGGCCAGCAGCACACGUCGCGACUCCUUUUUCCCAAUCCCAUUGGCGAAGACCCGGAAUGGGUUGGGUAGUUCACCCAAUGCGCUCCGCGAAGGAGGGACCGGCGCUUUUCCAUUGGCCAGCGCUCCAUGAGGAGAAGACCAAUAAGAAGCGGCGCUGUUUUGGCGCCCAGUUUGAGUGUGGGCGGCCCGCGGCUGCCGCUGUUUCCCCGCCGCCUCCCCGCCGCUCUCGCGCUGCCGCCAUGUUCGUCUCCGACUGCCGCCGGGACUUCUACGACGUGAUCGUCAACCAGCGUGUCCUCCUUCUUGUUGCUUCAGAUGUUGAUGCAUUAUGUGCUUGCAAAAUACUCCAAGCUUUGUUUCAGUGUGAUCAUGUGCAAUAUACACUCGUCCCAGUAUCUGGAUGGCAAGAACUUGAAACUGCCUUUCUUGAGCAUAAAGAUCAGUUCAAAUAUUUUGUUCUUAUUAAUUGUGGUGCCAAUGUUGAUCUUCUGGAGAUCUUGCAGCCUGAAGAAGACACUUUCUUUUUUGUCUGUGACAGCCACAGACCUAUCAAUGUAGUGAAUGUUUACAAUGACACACAGAUUAAGCUGUUAAUUAAACAAGAUGAUGAUCUCGACGUUCCUGCUUAUGAUGACAUCUUCAGAGAUGAAGAGGAUGAAGAAGAGGACUCAGAGAAUGAAAGUGACGGGUCAGAACCUUCAGAGAAACGCAGACGUUUUGAAGAGGAUGUAAUAGAGAGAACAAUGAAGAGGCGGCAGAGGCGGGAAUGGGAGGCACGCAGGCGAGAAAUUCUUUUUGACUAUGAGCAAUAUGAAUACCAUGGGACCUCAUCUGCGAUGGUGAUGUUUGACCUGGCAUGGAUAAUGUCUAAAGACUUGAAUGACAUGUUGUGGUGGGCUAUUGUUGGCCUAACAGAUCAAUGGGUCCAAGAUAAAAUCACUCAAAUGAAGUAUGUGACUGAUAUUGGGAUCCUACAGCGCCAUGUGUCUCGCCAUAACCACCGCAACGAGGAUGAAGAAAACUCUCUGUCAAUUGACUGCAUGCGAAUAGCAUUUGAGUAUGAUCUGCGCCUGGCACUUUAUCAACACUGGUCUCUAUAUGAAAGUCUCUGUAACACUUCAUAUACCUCUGCUAGCCUUAAGCUUUGGUCUGUACAAGGGCAGAAGAGGCUCCAGGAGUUUUUGGCUGACAUGGGUUUGCCUUUGAAGCAAGUGAAACAGAAAUUUAAUUCCAUGGACAUGUCUUUGAAAGAAAAUCUCCGGGAAAUGAUUGAAGAAUCUGCAAACAAGUUUGGAAUGAAAGAUUUAAGAGUUCAGACCUUCAGCAUUCACUUUGGCUUUAAGAACAAGUUUUCAGCAAGUGACAUAGUUUAUGCAACAGUUUCUCUCAUGGAGAAUGUAGAAAAAGAGGGGCCUGAAACAACUAAUUUCAUUAAAGCUUUGGACAGUCUCUCCAGGGGUAACUUGGACAAACUGCACCAAGGACUGGACUUAGCCAAAAAGCAGUUACGUGCCAUUCAACAGACUGUAGCCAGCUGUAUUUGCACCAACCUUGUAAUUUCUCAGGGGCCUUUUCUCUAUUGCUCUCUCAUGGAGGGCACACCAGAUGUGAAACUGUUUUCCAAACCAGUGUCUCUGUGCCUGCUUAGUAAAUACUUACUCAAAUCGUUUGUUUGCUCUACAAAAAACAAGCGUUGUAAAUUGCUGCCACUGAUAAUGGCUGCACCAAUGGAUGUCGAACAGGGAACUGUGAUCAUGGUGGGGAUUCCUCCAGAGACAGAAAGCUCUGACAAAAAGAACUUUUUUGGAAGAGCAUUUGAGAAAGCUGCAGACAGUACCAAUUCCAGGACUUUACACAACCAUUUUGACAUGUCAAUAAUUGAAUUGAAAACAGAAGACCGGAGCAAAUUUCUGGAUGCGCUCAUUUCCCUCUUGUCCUAAUGUGGUGCAUUUUGGCUCUUUGUGCUGGAAGCUGAGGAUCAGAUGCAUCUGAAAUUAUUUUGGAUGUUCCAAAGUUCAUGGUGCUGCAAUUGUGAUGCAUCAUCUUGCUUUGUCUUUAAUGUACUGGUACAGGCCUGCACUGUUUUUAUGCCUCAAGGGGAGGUCAAAAUGAUUUUAACCUUAGCAUGCAGAUAUUGAACAUGGCUUCUUCGUAAACAUCCCAUCCUUGUAAUGGCAAAAGGUGUCACACAGGAAUAUUGGGAAAUGGACUUCUAUUUGUUGAACCUGCUUUUGUUAGUAGGCAUGCUCGUGUGAUGUUUAGUUGUUGGCUAAUAACAAAGAAAAAGGUUUUAAAGAGUUCCAUAUUUAUGUUACCAUUUUAUUACCAUUUAAAUGUUCUUUUUAAAUUGUCUUGAAUGCCUUUAAGUUUUAAGAUUUUAGGGCUUUUAAAAUCCAAGCACUGAGUAACUGCCAAAUACUGAAUGAAAGAUCUAGGGAAUUCCGGUGUCAAUAAAGCAUUUGUAGUCAUGUGUUGUGAUACUGUAUUGUCACUUGUAGCUUGGCUUUGGGAAUAAUUUUCCAGGAAAGAAUCUGAAAUGCUGUGAUAAUUGUGUAGAGACUGUAGCAUUAUAAAUAUUGAUAGACUAGCCCAAUCCUGUCCUAUAACAAUGAUUUCAUUUCACUUUGGUCAUAUGAAUUGGUAUGGCUUGUUAGGCUUAACCUGCUCUGUGUUGGGAGGGUAUGUAUAUGUCUGGAAUUUUCAUGUAAUGUUUGCUUGAAUUCUGUGUGACUUCAGUGUUUUCAUAUAUUAUAAUGAAUAUGUAAAGGUUAUGUAUCAUUGCUUCAUAUACUUUGUACAAAUGUUUAAUACCGGUUAAUUUAAUAUUAAAUGUAGCCAACAGAAAGCUGAUUAAACUAUAUAUUUCUAUUCAAACAAACAUAAUUUUUUAAUUUUUUAAAUGUUGUCACCUUGUCUGAGUAAAAUUCACAUGCCAA